AUGGAAGUCUUCUGCUUCUACUUCUACAAUUUAGCAUUAGUGCUUCAGUUUUCAACAGUGAUCAAUGGACAGGACGUUGCCUCGAUUCAAUCAAUGCUCAAUCGAAUGACGUUGUCGGCUUUGAUGACCAGUGAGACGACAACCGAUCAAACGUUUGAAAGAGAAGGUGUGGAAACGACUGUUACAGCUGUUGGAGCCAAUGCACCAAGCACCACAAAGACCUCAGCUUCCCCGAAAAAUCAAGCCAAUGCAACAACGAUAACGCCAGCGAUUAGCAACGCUACACGAGGAAAUGAUGAAGAUGAUGCUGACAUAACAACAACCGCUGGUGGCUCAUUUCUGGACAAGUUGAGCCCUCUGAAAAUCUCGCUGAGCUCGUUGAAUAUCUUCUCUCAAUUGCCCGGAAAGCUGAAGAUCAUCUAUGCUGUCUCGUUUGUUGUCUCCCUCAUUUUGUUGACAAUUUUCGGGUGCUGCUCUGGCGUUUUCUUGAUGGUCACCAAGAAGAACAAGAAGAAAAUCGAGGAGAUCGGUCAUGCU